UAUCAGGCGCGUUUUUGCCGGCUUUUGAAACUGUUUCAUUAUUACAGAACUACAAAUCUUUAUGUAAUAAAAACUAUGUGGGUGUUAAAUAUCAAGCAAAUUGUUCCUCUCUUCAUCUCAUUUGUGAAUCAUAAAAUAUAACCUUAUUAUUUUAAAGUAAACCAAAAGCUAUAUGUCUAUUUUAAACAAUUACAAAAUGAACUGAGGAAUGGUGCUCUAGGAAUUAGAGAAUUAAUACCUAAAUUUUAAAUCGCGUCAAAUUGAAAUCGAAAAAAUCUAUUGAAAAUGAAAUUCAUAGAAAUAUUAUUUUUCUUUUCCCUAUCGUUCUUGUGCACAAUAUCCCAAGAAAAUGAUGACUACUACAAGCUUUUGAACAUACCUAGAGAUGCUACACUUCAAGAAAUUAGAAAGGCUUUUAAAAUUAUGGCUGUCAAGUUCCAUCCAGACAAAAACCAGGAAGAUCCUGAUGCGGAGAAAAAAUUUAUCAAGUUAGCAAAAGCCUAUGAGGUUUUAAAAGAUCCAAGUUCGAGAAAACAAUACGAUUUACAUGGGGAUGAAGAAUUCAAAGACAGAAAACAGAAUUAUCAUAGUUAUUCAUAUUACCGAGAUCAUUUUGGAAUAUAUGACGACGAUCCUAUUAUAGUUACACUUAGCAAAAAUGACUAUGAACUCAAUGUCUUGGAUGAAAACCAAGUAUGGUUUGUUAAUUUCUAUUCACCGCACUGUAGUCAUUGCCAUGAUAUGGCUCCAAUAUGGAGAAAGUUGGCAUUAGAAUUGGAAGGAGUUGUUAGGAUAGCAGCAGUAAAUUGUGAAGAAGAUUACCCGUUGUGUCACCAAUUAGGAAUUCGAGCUUACCCCACUUUGAUGCUGUAUGAAAAAGAGGCACAUAUGUAUGAUGGUGAGAUUUAUCGGGGACCACAAACUCUAAGAGACAUUCAAGAGUUUCUUCUUUCCAAAGUUUAUGUAAACAUCAAGGAAAUCAAUGCUGAAGAAUGGAGUGUCUUGAAAAGUGAACAGUGGGUCCUUUUUUUGUGCAGCGAAGAUGACUAUAACUGCCCUGAAAAAGAUACCAUCAAGAAAAUAGCAUCAGCUUUGGAAGGGCUUUUGCAAGUCGCAAUUAUAAAAGACAGAGAUCUUUGCGAAGAAAUAUCAGAUAGCUACAAGAGUCAACCCCUUAUAUUUUGGCAAAUGGAUGAUAAAAAAAUUCCAAAAGUGCACAUCAUACAGGGAUCGGAUUUUAAAGAAAUUGUGGACAAAAUUUUAAAUAUUUUACCUCACCCACCUUUACUAGAUGAAAAUAAAUUUCAUGAUUUGAGGACAAAGUUAAGACUAGGAUUUGACAAGCCUUGGCUAAUAUGUUUUUAUUUGGGGGCUGCAACUGAUUUGAAAUUGGAACUGAAAAGGUUACCCGCUGUCAUUCCAAAUAUAAAUAUUGGUUUAAUUCAUUGUGGAAAAAGUGCUGGACUAUGUGCAGCAUUACACAUAGCCCGUUAUCCAACUUGGUGUGUUAUUAAACAAGGUGGUGCAUUUGAAGUGCAUCAAGGACGUGAUGUGCUACAUGAAGUUGCUACCUUUGCCAGGGAUAGUUCUAAGAGUACAAAUUUGCAUGCCUUAAGUCCCGCCGAUUUUAUUAAUUUGAAGAGUGAAGGGACCCCUUGGCUGAUUGACUGGUACGCCCCUUGGUGUCCUCCAUGUAAAAAACUUACGCCAGAACUGCGCAAGGCUAGUCAACAUUUUGAUUCUGAGAUCGUACAGUUUGGCACAAUUGACUGCACUUUGCAUAGGGAAUUGUGCUCUAGCCAACAAAUCAACUCUUAUCCUUCGAUGUUUUUAUAUAAUGGAAGCAACAUUAAAAUGUUUCAGGGCACACCAAACGAAGUAUCAAUAGUAGAAUUCAUUCAAGAUAUCAUGAACGAUGUUGUUCUUAACUUGGACGAAAAUAAUUUUAGCUUGUUGGCCAGAAAACCAGCUGCAGAAAUGUGGAUAGUAGAUUUUUUUGCGCCAUGGUGUGGACCUUGUCAACACUUGGCACCUCAAUAUAGAAAAUUAGCUAAAUCUAUUUCCCAGUUUAAGGAUAUCAUAGUUGCUCAAGUAGAUUGUGUAGCAAAUGGGAAACUGUGUGAUUCCCAAAAUAUUCGAGGAUAUCCUACGAUUAGAUUGUACCCGUUGGGCAGUAAAGGCAUGGGAUCUGUGGUAAUAUACAAUGGUCAAAGAGAUGCUAUAUCGCUUAAAAGGUGGGUCCUUAGUUUUCUGCCUUCUAAAGUUGAGGAUUUGUCCGAGCUAGAUUUUAAAGAACAAAUUCUGAAAAAGAAAUUUUACUUACCUUGGCUAAUAGAUUUCUAUGCACCUUGGUGCGGACAUUGUGUAAAUUUUGAACCAGAGUUUCGGAAUGCAGCUCAGAGGUUAGACGGCAAAGUACGCUCUGGUAAAAUUGAUUGUGAAACUAAUCGGAUAUUUUGUGGUUAUCAAAGAGUUGUUGGGUAUCCUACAGUAAGACUUUAUUUUUCGCCUACUGAAUAUGUUAAUAUUGGCAGCCAAGAAGCCAAUGCUAUUAUAAAACAAGUUAAAGCCCUUUUGGAGGAACGUGAAAAUCAACAUGACGAGUUAUAGGAAUUUUUAUAUAAAAUUUCCAUUAGGCAAAUUGUUAAUUCUAACAAUUUUUUUUUUUGGUAAUCGAUGACCCUUAACUAAUUGCUGCCUGCUAAUGCCAAGUGAUAUUAUAUACAUAUUUUUAUAUUUUAUAUACUAAACCUUACUUUUUAAUAGUGGGUAAUUUAUAAGGAAUCUCCAAUAAUAAAUACUUUCAAGUAACUGAAGUGGAAUAUUUGGAACAAAUGGUUUCACUAAACUGACACUUAAUCUAAACACCGUCCCUUAAAAAGCUUCCAUUUUACUAUAAUAGUGUUUCAGUUUUCAGGGCAUUGUCUAAUUUUAGAAAAUCCAAUGGAAAAAGCAAGGUUUUCCUUUAAAUCAGUAAAAAAAUCCAUAGCUACAUAAGAAGUCGAUCUAAAUUUUUGCAUUUUUGCUCGAAAGAGAAUAUUUAUUCCAGACUUUCAGGUAUUAUAUUCCACAACCUAAUUUAUGAGAACUCUUCUGAAUGAACCACUUCAUGUGUUAUUAAUUUUGAGUUAACAUUGCUGCUAAAAAAAUCAUUCAAAAUAUAUUUUUUCUAGCACUUAAUAGUGCAAUUAUUUAUUUCAUUAUAAACAAGUAAACCAGGACAAAUAACUCAGUAGUCAGUAGUGAUUUAUAAACUGACUUGGUACAAUAAAUAACUAUAUUCAUUUGAAUUAUUAGAUUGCAUACAUUCUAAUUUUGUCAAUCUAUUUCCUAAUUUUAUACAAAACGUGGCCUGAAUUCAAGUUCAAAACGCUGGUUCCUAACAAAAUGCCAAAUAACAAAAGUUUUGUCUAAUGACAUUCGACAGAUUUUAUAAAAAAAAAUUAAUAUGUACCUAUCUAUAAGGUUGUAAAAAAUAAACAAAAGUUUAAAAUUAUUCUAAUAAUGUUAUGAUUUUAUGAUGUCCUCCUAAUGGUUUUUUGUUUAAAAUUUCAGAGAUCUUAUAAAAUUUUAUUAGAAUUUCACUAAUUCACUCCCAUACCAAUGGUAACCGCCGAAGGUUGCCAAUUGCUGUUGGUCUCCACAACUUACAAUUUAAAAUUGAUGAGACUUGACCGACUAGGUAGAAAUGAGACAGGUUUCGGUAGCUCAGUUGGCUAUAAUGGCACUGGAUAUGAGAGGGUCCAAGGUUCAAAUCCUAGUCGGGGCAAGGAAAUGUUUCAUCAAGUUUAAUUAAUGUCUGCAUGCCACUUAAUUCUAACAUACUGUAAAUUUAUUAGAAAGGUUUAACUUUGUAGAUGAAAAUUCUUAGUGGAGGAUGGGGUAUCUACCAGUGGUUAUCAUAGGAGAGGAAAGUAAAGUAACUCCGAUGCGAGAGCCUGAGAGUAGCUAAUGUAAUAUAGAGAAUUAUAAAGAAUGUAUUAUUCAGCGCUCUUGUAACUACCUACACUAGUUUUCUUUUUGUUUGAAUUCGCCUAUAUAGGUGUGCCUACAAUAAGCAGACCUCCAAUUCACCUUUUUAAAUAAAUUCCAAAAUUUUUUAGUGAACUGCAAGAUGAUUUUCGGCUAUGAAUCUAUAAAAGGAAAAUGUUUCAAGAUUCUAGUGAGCUACAUAUUUAUUUAUCUAAUUUUUUGACACAGAAUUAUGUUCUAUAUAUUCUCUAAUCUAUCCCUAUAUGAGGGUGUCUUCGCACUAAUGCAUUUUACUAUGAUUCACAAGUAAAGAUCUAAGUACCUAAUCUAAAAUAUUUUUGUUAGUAUACAGGAAAAGUACAAAUGUAUAAAAGUGGAGUUAUAUCUUUGAUUAAACCUAACUUCAUAGGAAUUUUAUGAAGUAGGUACUCUAAAAUUCAUUUAUAUACCGGGUGUCCCACUAAGGUCGGCCAGGUACGAUAUUAUGGAGACCAUAGACCUCACGUAACUUGAAAACGAAUGCAGAUAUUGAAUUGCGGUUUGCGCCAAAAUGUAGAUAUUUUUUUGCUCUUUAAGCACAGCAAUACAAAAAUAAUAUUAUGCCAUUUGGAUUUUUCAUGAAAAUUAGGAAAAACUGGAUCUUGAAUAAACAGCGCCCUCUAGCAGACGCGGUGGGAACUAUCGACCUCGAACGAAGUGGUGUUCUUAAUAACAAUGAAAUUCUCUUCCAAAUAGACCCAAAUUGAAUGAGUUUGAAUGAGGGGUAUGGAAGAUACAGCAAUUUCUAAAAAAAAAAUUCACCAGCUUCCCCCACCCUUAUUACUGAAGAUACGAAAAAAAGCCUAAUAACCAAACUGGCGCAAAUAUUAAUGAACUUUUGAUUUCUGUUGUUAAAACAGUAUCUUAAUAUAGCGAUUUCUUGAGAAAAGUUGAAUUUUUAGAUAUAUCAUCGUAAUUGCGCCCCCUAGCGGUCAUCCUAGAAACUUGAAAAUAAUUUCCAUAAAUUUCUCUUGGCCGAUUUAGUGAAGAAAAAAAAAAUCCCGACGCCGUAAGGUCUAUGGUUUCCAUAAUAUCGUACCUGGCCGACCUUAGUGGGACACCUGGUAUAUUUUUUUUGUUUAACUUUAGUUAGGUAGUACCUGUGAUAUAUUUACAUAUACAGGGUGUCCGCGAUAAGGACUCGCUAAUUUUCUUUUUGUUAGAUAUGUAUUCAAUAUGCAUCCACAGCAAAAGGGUAAUUUUAUUUUAGAGCUGUAGAACACUUUCUUAGCCUCAAGUUUUGAUAAUUUGCUGAGAAAAAACGAAUUGCACAUUCAGAAUUUUCAAUAACCAAUAUUAUUUUCAAUUUGUAUUUACGUACAAUGAAAAUUUGUACUGGAAGGUUUCAAGUGACCCUUAAUAGAAUUAUGUCGUCAUACCAUUUUUUUUUCUCGAAAAAUUGAUUUUUUUUUCUUGCUCAAUCCCCAAAUAAUAAAAAUGGUUAGGAUUAACUGACCUUAAAGCCGAAUUCAUCAUAGUAAGCAUUGGAAUUUGCCCUGAUUACAGCCCAAAAAUAAAGUUACCCACUUGUUGAAGGCAUUUAUUAACAGAAACCAGUUCAAUUACAUAGGUCAAUAAAUUGAAUAAAUGGAGGGUACAAGGCUUGGGGACAAGGGUAGCAAGUUCUUAAAGCGGACAGUCUAUAUAAGUUCCAGUGGGGACGUAGUGUCUGGACCAUUUAUUCAAAUUUAGCCCCAGCCAAAUAGUAACAUAUAUAUUUAUAAUUACUACUACUUUUUCUUGAUACUCUUGCACACCCAUUCCAUUCCUUCGCGCACGCCAAUACCUUGAGCAGCUGUGCAUGCUUGAAUUUGCCAUGUUCUAUCUUUGAUGGAUGGCAAAUUAAGUGCCUGGGCUAAAUCUGAGGCCGAUAACGAAUCGGGUAAAUCCUGUUUGUUGGCAUAUACCAAGAGAGGCACGUUAUUCAGUUUGUCGUCGCUCAGUAAUUCAUAAAGUUCUAUUCCUGUUUCUUCUAAACGCUUCUUGUCUGCUGAAUCAACAACGUAUAUCUGUAAAUAGAAAAAUGUAGAUAGAAACAUACUCGGAACGAUAACUGUAAGUUUAUAUUCGCUGUCUUACCAAAAUGUCAGUAUUUUCAAAAUAAUUUUUCCAAUAGGGCCUAAUUUUUCUUUGGCCACCAAUAUCCCAAACAUUCAAUUUAAACCCGUCGCUUAUCACAGAUUUGAUAUUGAACCCUGCAGUUGGGGUAAUACUGGUU